CAAACAGUUUUCCACUGUUCAUAGGAAAAAAAACACCUCUCUCGUCGUCUCUCCUUGAUUUUGUUGUCAUUGUUCUUGAGCGGACAAAUAAAAAAAGAAAAGCUUCUUCGUAUGAAUCCCACACACAGAGAUCUAAUUAUUGUUUCCCGUUGGUAAAAGUUAAGACUUUGUUCUCUUUCUUGCUUCUUCGAGUCGUUUCAUAUUCCCUUUCAAUUUUUUCAAGUUUUAUGUAAUUAGGUAUUUCUUGUUUACUCUCUAAUACAAUACGAUUCUUGGUCUGAACUUGUAAACUAUUCAACCCAAUCGAUUUUAUAAAAUCAGGAGAUCUACUUCAAGUUAACGGCGGAAACAUGGCGAUGAGAGACCUUGUUAACGGCGGAGCCGCUUAUGCAGUUCCCGGUUCUUCUUCUUCUUCUAAUCCUCUCGGAGCCCUUACCAACGCCCUACUUGGUUCAUCUUCCAAAACUCAGAUUUCUACGCAGCAAAAGAAAAGAAUCAAUCUUUGAUCUUCAAAUGGCACUGAUACAACUUGGUUCGGUUUCUGGGACCUCUGCGGUUCAAUUGAGCUUCUUAUCCUCCGUAUCACCACCAUUGACGACGAAGGUUUCCCUCAGUUUUCAGCCGGAGAAGAAAAGUUGGAGAAACCGGAGAAUGAUAUGCAGAGCUAUGGUUCAAGAAGCUGUUCAAGGGAUUCCUUUGGUUUACGCUAGGGAAAUGGAACGUCUCUCUGCUAAGGAGUCUUUGAUUCUCGCCUUCAAUGAUGCUGGAGGAUUUGAGGAUUUAGUUACAGGGAAGAUCACUGAUAUACAAAGGAUUGAUGUGAAUGAGAGAAUAACUUCACUUGAGCGGCUUAAUCCAACUUCACUUGAGAGAUUCCGUUUUAGGUAAAACUAGUUGAUUUCUCGCCAGGUGAGAAAUAUCUGGUAACUUACCAUAGCCAAGAACGAAGCAACCCACGAGAUGCAAGUGCUCCACAACUGCACGCAGAGGUUCACAAACAUGGCCUAGGCUCACAACCAAUGGGUGUUGUUGAACCUGCUGCAGCGUCUAGCUCAUCAAAGG